AUGUGCCCUCGCCCAGGCCCAGCCCCUCUCCUUGCCUCAUUGGCUGGAGCGGGGUCCCAUGAGAGGAGGUGUGCGAGCGGUGUCUCCAGGGCCCUGGGGGAAGGGAGAGAACAGGAGGGUGAGGUGUCGGUUUCCCAUUGGUCUGGGGCGGGCUCUCUGCAGCAACCCCCACUGCGCGUACACACGUGCAUCCCUGCACCCCAACCACAGUCCCUGCUCGCUGAGCCAGCUCCACAGACCAUGAGGCUGUCGCUGCUGCUGCUGCUGCUGGGGGCCUGGACCAUCCCAGGGGGCCUUGGGGACAGGGCCCCGCUCACAGCCACGGCCCCCGAGCUGGAUGAUGAAGAGAAGUUCUCAGCUCACAUGCCUGCUCACCUGCGCUGUGACGCCUGCAGGGCGGUGGCCUACCAGAUGUGGCAGCAUCUGACAAAGGCAGAGGCCAAGCUUCACACCCUGGACUCCGGGGGCCGUGGCAGGCUGAGCGAGUCGGUAUACACAGACGUCCUGGACCAGAGCUGCUCCCAGACCUGGCAGGGCUACGGAGUUGGAGAAGUGGACCAGGUGAAACGCCUCAUGGGCCCAGGACUUAGGAAGGGGCCGGAGCCGAGCAUCAGUGUGAUCAUCAUGGGGGCGCCGUGGCCUACCAGGCUCUCGAAGACAUGCUUCCACUACCUGGGGGAGUUUGGAGAAGACCAGAUCUAUGAAGCCCACCAACAAGGUCAAGGGGCCCUGGAGGCAUUGCUGUGUGGAGGCCCCCAGGGGGCCUGCUCAGAGGAGGCACCAGUCACAAGGGCAGAGCUCUAG